UUCAUCAUGCACUGACUGCGCGGUGCUCUCAUGCUGCUGCUGCUGCGGAGAGCGACAUCAGUCCUGCGGAUCUACACACAGCCUUCAGCCCGCAGAGCCACCCCGCAGCCCCCCUGCACACCUCCACUCAGCUCUCUGCUCUCCCUGUCCCCCUGUCUAGGCAAGAAACACAAGAAAAGCCGCUGGUUGGAGCUUUCUGAAGGUCAAAACAUGGACGGAAACGUCGAGGAGAUCCUGGCUCCCCUGAGGCAAGCGGUGAAAGAGCAGGGCGAGCUGGUCCGUAAAAUGAAAGCUGAAAAUGCCCCUGAGGUGGAUGUGACCAAAGCUGUGGCGGAGCUCAAGGCUCGGAAGAGGAUGCUUGAGGCCAAGGAACUUGCCCUGCAGCCCAAAGAUGACAUAGUGGACAGAACUAAGAUGGAGGACACACUAAAGAGACGGUUCUUCUACGACCAGGCGUUUGCCAUUUAUGGGGGUGUCAGUGGCCUGUAUGAUUUUGGACCUGUUGGCUGUGCACUGAAGAACAACAUUCUGCAGGUCUGGAGGCAGCACUUCAUUCAAGAGGAGCAGAUUCUGGAGAUCGACUGCACCAUGCUGACUCCUGAGCCUGUCCUCAAGACGUCAGGGCACGUGGACAAGUUCGCGGACUACAUGGUGAAAGAUGUCAAGAACGGAGAGUGUUUCCGAGCUGACCAUCUUUUAAAAGCUCAUCUCCAGAAGCUGAUGAGUGACAAGAAGUGUACUGCAGAAAAGAAGAAUGAAAUGGAAGGGGUCAUCACUCAGAUGGACAACUAUACUCAGCAGGAGUUGGCUGACUUGUUUGUGCAAUACAACGUGAAGUCACCCAGCACAGGAAAUGACCUCACACCACCCAUCUCAUUCAACCUGAUGUUCCAGACGUCCAUUGGACCUGGGGGGAACAUGCCAGGCUAUCUGAGGCCUGAAACUGCUCAGGGAAUCUUCCUAAACUUCAAACGUCUGUUGGAGUUUAACCAGGGCAAGCUGCCAUUUGCAGCUGCUCAAAUUGGAAACUCCUUCAGGAAUGAAAUCUCGCCACGCUCGGGCCUUAUUCGUGUCAGAGAGUUUACAAUGGCUGAGAUUGAGCACUUUGUUGACCCGAAUGAAAAGGUUCAUUCCAAAUUCUCCAAUGUUGCCGAUCUGGAGAUCUUGCUGUAUUCCUCCAAAGCGCAGACAAGUGGGCAGUCAGCCCAGGUUAUGAGACUGGGGGAUGCAGUGGAACAGGGAGUCAUCAACAACUCUGUUCUGGGCUACUUCAUCGGUAGGAUCUACCUCUACCUGAUCAAAGUUGGUGUGGCCAAGGACAAACUGCGCUUUCGCCAGCACAUGGAUAAUGAGAUGGCCCAUUACGCUUGCGACUGCUGGGAUGCUGAGACCAAAACCUCUUAUGGCUGGAUCGAGAUUGUGGGGUGCGCUGACCGUUCAUGCUAUGAUCUUUUGUGCCAUGCACGUGCUACCAGAGUCCCUCUGGUUGCAGAGAAACCUCUGAAGGAACCCAAAGUUGUUAAUGUUGUCCAGUUUGAGCCAAACAAAGGAGCCAUUGGCAAGGCAUACAAGAAAGAAGCAAAGUUGGUAAUGGAGUUCCUUGCUGCAUGUGACGAGUGCUAUAUCACAGAUCAGGAGAAGCUACUCAGUGAGAAUGGUGAGUUCACCGUCGAGACCGAUGGCAAAACCUUCAAACUCACUAAGGAUAUGGUGAGCAUCAAGAGAUUCCAGAAAACCUUGCAUGUUGAAGAGGUCGUCCCCAACGUAAUUGAGCCUUCCUUUGGAAUUGGCAGAAUCAUGUACUCUAUUUUUGAGCACACAUUCCGCAUCAGAGAGGGUGAUGAGCAAAGAACGUUUUUCAGUUUCCCGGCCACUGUAGCACCCUACAAAUGUUCCGUCCUACCACUCAGCCAAAAUCAGGAAUUCAUGCCGUUUGUGCGUGAACUAUCUGAAGCCUUGACCAAAAAUGGCGUGUCCCACAAGGUGGAUGAUUCCUCAGGGUCCAUUGGUAGGCGCUACGCGAGGACAGAUGAGAUCGGCGUAGCAUUCGGCAUCACUAUUGAUUUCGACACGGUCAACAAGACACCCCACACAGCUACUCUCAGAGACCGGGACUCCAUGAGGCAGAUCAGGGCUGAGGUCCUUGAAUUGCCUGAAAUCGUCCGAGACCUUGCCAACGGUGUGACCACAUGGGCUGAGGUUGAGAGCAAAUACCCCAUCUUCGAAGGGCAGGAGACCAGCAAGAAGGACACGGUGGAAGAGUAAAUUAGCCCUGGCUUCCUCCCUCUUGCCUCCUGCACGUGGGGCAGCCAUGGACAUUUUUACACUUUGCGCCCAUAGGAACAAUUUUAUUGCAUACAAACGAUCAAUGUGCACCAGACACUCUAUGUGAUCUGCACAGUUACAACCAUCUUAUCAAAUAAAUAAAAUCUAUCUGUGAUCCUUAUACUGCAAAGGAGGUGUAUAGAUACUUGCUUCUGCCAGUGUUCAAGGAAGCUUCUUACAGGCAUAAUGGGACGUAUUUUAAAAGGGAUAACUGUAAUAUGAGUUGUGUAUGGAGAAGAGGUUUUCACCAUUCAAGAAGUUGGGUAAUUAUGGAAUGCAUCUUUGGUUCAAUAAAUCAAGCCAGCACUUUCUGGACCUACAACA